UUAAAAAGAAAAUACAAUUUAAUAUCAGAUAUAAAAUAUCUAAGAUAAAAACAUCACAUUGACCAUAAAAUAUUAGCACAGGCUAUAAACUGACUACACGCUUCCAGACAUUGAUACAGUCUCAAAAUAGGAGAGGGGGAGUAUUAGUGUUUUACGCCGACCCAGCAUCUAAUCAUGGCAAGGCAGCCUGCCCUGUAAACAGAUAUCAUAUUCAGAUAACAAAAAGCGUACCUGAGACAAGAGCUGAACCCAGGUCAACCAGUCCUUGCUGUCUUCGUGACAGGCGGUAACCUUUGCGCCACCAGACGGCCUGAGAAAAAAAGAAGAAAGUAUGAGUUCAAACGUACCACUGGACAUAUAAGUAGACACUCCCGAGGAGGGAAAUCUGUCUGCAUUCAGAUUUUUAUAAUGUAAUAUACAUAUUGAGAAUGUUUUAUCAUCAUUAUGUAUAACAAAAUAUAUAUAGAGAGAGACAGAGAAACCGUUGUUUUAUUUCUAACCACAUUCUAAUAACUUUUUGACGACUGCUAUCUUGGUACAUUGAAUGACCCUUUUUAAGUCUAUAAAUUACUUUUUUUAACUGGCACAGACAGGAUCUUAAUUUUUUUGCUUUUUCUGUUUUGGUACAGAUGAUGCUAUUGAAGGCUAAUUGUUUUCGAUUGAUUUAUAUGCAAGAAUAUAGACUAAAUAACUGCUCUUCAGUUACGUGAGAUGCUCCAAAACACUUUUUCCCUGGCGGUCGACAUCGGAAGAAGAGCUGCGAGCUCACCACGAGGCUUCAGCACGUGACUGGAAGAAGUUUCUCCUUCUGAGAGCAGCAGAACUCAAACAAGGUGGACUUAUUUUUGUGACACAGCCGACUACAAACCUGGAUAUAAACACAUCAAACUCUCGUAAUACCAACAUUUCUGUUAUGGACAACACACUAGAAUGUGCUAGGGACGUUUCGGCUUCUAUGGAUUUGGCCUGGGACAAUUUGCAUAAAGAGGGCAUAACAACAACAGAGGAGUUCGAGUCCUGCACUUCUUCAAUAGCAUUUAGGAAUUCACAGGAAAUAAAAGAUCCGUUCGAGAAUGGCAACAUGUCUCUAGUAAGACAAGCUGGCCUGAACUUACUGAAGGGUCCAGAAGACUUUUAUCUUCCUUGCAGUAUCAAACAAAUGUGGCGAGAAAAACUACACAUGGAUGGUGUUGAGGACAGAAAGCUGUUUGCAUUUCUUCUCAUAAAUGCCUUGCGAUUGCCCGUAGAGGCCACCUUGAGAAAUACCUUGAGAAAAACACGAACUGCUGAGGAACAAUCGUCCAUAUUGGAACAGUUCUACGAGCGUUUCAUUAAACAAGUGUCCACUUUGAAUCCAGAGACUUUCCAAAGCGAACCAUUCAUAAGGGGGCUUGUCGCACAGAAAUUAAAAUGAGCAAUCUGCAAUUAGAUGCUUCUUACGAACAAUAAAACACAUUGUUGAACUUCCACACUUCAUAAAGUCAAGUUUUCAUUACCAUUAUCUAUAGGAAUAGUUUCCAUUUAUUUAGAUCAUCACCAGUCCACGUUGACACAAAGAUAUUUACAUACAGUCGCUGCACUUUUCUUAUUA